CCCGCGGGGGGGCGGACCAAGAUGGCGCGCGGCCGGAGGCGCCCGGAGGGUCCCUGCGACUGAGCGGCGGGAGCCGGGGGGGCCUCGCCAUGGAGGGCGGCGAGCUGGGCGUGGAGAGCAUGGAGAGCCUGGCCGAGCUGGGGGACGAGCUCACCCUGGGAGACAUCGACGAGAUGCUGCAGUUUGUGAGUAACCAGGCAGGAGACUUUCCAGAUCUGUUUUCGGAUCAAUUGUGUGGCACCUUCCAGGGCAGCAGCAGCAGUACCAGCAGCGGUGGGACUCUGGAGCCGCAGCUGCAGCGACCGUACAGCCAGGUGCAGCUGCAGCCCUUCCCGCCACCUGCCGCCUCCCCCCAGCUCCAGACCCUGCCAGUCAAAGCACCACAGGCAACACCUCCAGCCCCUCCGCGGUCCGCCCCUCUCCUUCAGCCUCGGCCACCGCUCCAGCCUCAGCUUCAGCAGCAGGCUGUGAUGAUCACGCCGACGUUCAGCUCUGCUCCCCAGACCAGGAUUAUCCAGCAGCCGGUGAUCUACCAGAAUGCAGCCACCAGUUUCCAAGUUCUUCAGCCUCAAGUUCAGAGCCUUGUGACAUCCUCCCAGGUUCAGCCGGUUGCCAUCCAGCAGCCAGUGCAGACUGUGCAGGCCCAGCGUGUGCUAACACAGGCUGCCAACGGCACCAUCCAGGCAUUAGCGCCGGCCACGGUCCAGACAGUCGCUGCAUCACAGGUCCAGCAAGUUCCAGUCCUAGUCCAACCUCAGAUCAUAAAAACAGACUCCCUUGUCUUGACAACCCUGAAAACAGACGGUAACCCUGUUAUGGCCGCAGUACAGAACCCAGCGCUGACAGCACUCACUGCUCCCAUUCAGACCACAGCUCUGCAGACCCUGGUUGGGAGCAAUGGGACCAUUUUGACCACAAUGCCAGUGAUGGUGGGGCAAGAAAAGGUGCCUAUCAAACAAGUUCCUGGGGGCGUAAAGCAACCAGAACCACCUAAAGAAGGAGAGAGGAGAACAACUCACAACAUCAUUGAAAAGCGUUACCGGUCAUCCAUAAAUGACAAGAUCAUUGAGCUGAAGGACCUUGUCAUGGGGACAGAUGCCAAGAUGCACAAGUCUGGAGUCCUGAGAAAAGCCAUUGAUUACAUUAAAUACUUACAGCAAGCCAACCAUAAGCUGAGACAGGAGAACAUGGUUCUGAAGCUGGCAAACCAAAAGAACAAACUGUUGAAGGGCAUUGACCUAAGCAGUCUGGUUGACAAUGACGUGGAUCUGAAGAUAGAUGACUUCAACCAGAAUGUGCUGCUGAUGUCUCCUCCGGCGUCUGACUCUGGGUCCCAGGCUGGUUUCUCUCCUUAUUCCAUUGACUCAGAGCCAGGAAGCCCACUCCUUGAUGAUGCAAAGGUUAAAGAUGAGCCUGACUCUCCUCCUGUGGCCCUUGGUAUGGUGGAUCGCUCUCGAAUGCUCCUCUGUGCUCUCACAUUUCUUUGCCUUUCCUUCAAUCCUCUGACAUCCCUCCUGGACGCCCGAGGAACGCCGGAGUCUGACAGCCUGGUGCGCCACAGCUCUGGCAGGAACAUGCUGACCAUUGAGUCAGAUGCGGGUGGUUGGUUUGGCUGGAUGAUACCCACGCUGAUCCUGUGGCUCGUGAACGGAGUGAUUGUACUGAGUGUGUUCAUAAAGCUCCUUGUACAUGGAGAGCCGGUGACUCGACUGCACUCAAGAUCAUCGGUCACAUUCUGGAGGCAUCGCAAACAAGCGGACCUGGAUUUGGCACGGGGGGAUUUUGCUGCAGCUGCGUCAAACCUGCAGACCUGCCUGUCUGUACUGGGCCGAGCGCUGCCAGCUUCCCGCCUGGACUUGGCUUGCAGCCUGUCCUGGAACGUGAUCCGCUAUAGCCUGCAGAAGCUGGCCCUGGUGCGGUGGCUGCUGAAGAGGACUUCUCAUCAGUGGCGGGCGAGGGAGGCCACCGCAGGCUCUGAGGACGAGGCCAAGACCAGCGCUCGGGAUGCAGCUCUAGCAUAUCACAAGCUCCAUCAGCUCCACAUAACAGGUAAACUUCCUUCCAGCUCCGCUUAUUCAGGCUUGCACAUGGCCCUGUGUGCUGUGAAUCUGGCUGAGUGUGCAGAAGAAAAGAUCCCACCCAGCACAAUGGCCGAAAUCCACCUGACCGCUGCAGUUGGCUUGAAAACUCGCUGUGGAGGCAAGCUUGGCUUCCUAGCGAGCUACUUUCUAAGCCAAGCUCAAAGCCUAUGCAGCUCAGAGCGGAGUGCCAUUCCUGACUCAUUGCGUUGGCUAUGCCAUCCGCUGGGACAGAAGUUUUUUGUGGAGCGAAGCUGGACGGUAAAGUCUGCUGCGAAGGAGAGCCUGUACUGCACCCAGAGGAACCCUGCGGAUCCCAUUGCACAAGUUCAUCAGGCGUUCUGUGAGAACCUGCUAGAGCGAGCAGUGGAUUCACUUGUGAAGCCUCAGACUAGGAAAGAGAUUGUGGGACAGGAGGAGGAGGAGCCGUGUGAGUUCUCCAGUGCCAUGGAGUACCUGAAAUUGCUCAACUCUUUCUUGGACUCGAUGGGAAGUGGAGCCCCACCCUUUGCUGGCAAUUCUGUACUCAAGUCUGCUGUGGGUCCUGACGUGGUGUGUAGAUGGUGGUCAGCAGCAGUGACUAUGGCGAUCGGCUGGCUCAGAGGGGAUGAUACAGCAGUGAGGUCACAUUUCGCAGAAGUGGAGCGCAUGCCGAAAUCCCUGGAGAUGUCAGAGAAUGCCCUGGUUAAAGCCACCUUCUACGUGUGUAAAGCCAUGCAGGCCUCACUGCCUGGGAAGGCAGAUGGACAGCAGAGCUCCCUGGGACACUGUGAGAGGGCCAGCAGUCACUUAUGGAAUAGCCUCAACAUGACCAGUGGUGUCUCCAGCACCGUCCUCAACAACAUGAUCCAGCUGCUGGCCUGUGACUUGCUGCUCUCUCUCCGCACCAGCCUGUGGCAGAAGCAGGCAAACGCCAGCCAGGCCCUGGGUGAGACCUACCACGCCUCGGCUUCCGAGCUGACGGGCUUCCAGCGGGACCUCGGCAGCCUGCGCAAACUGGCCCAUGGCUUCAGGCCUGCCUAUCGCAAGGUCUUUCUCCAUGAGGCCACUGUGCGCCUGAUGGCAGGUGCCAGUCCUACCCGCACCCACCAGCUGCUGGAGCACAGCUUAAGGCGACGCACGCCCCAGAGUAGCAAGCAAGGCGAGCUGGACACCCUGCCAGGCCAGAGGGAGCGAGCCACAGCCAUUCUGUUGGCCUGCCGCCAUCUCCCCAUCUCGUUCCUCUCCUCCCCGGGCCAGCGAGCUGUCCUGUUGGCUGAGGCUGCCCGCACCCUGGAGAAGGUGGGGGACAAGCGCUCCUGCAACGACUGCCAGCAGAUGAUAGUCAAGCUGAGUGGGGGCACGGCCAUCGCCGCCUCGUAAUGCCGACGUGGGGCUACCUUGUGCAAAGACAACCUGGUUGACUGUCAGCCUGGACUUCCCUCUGGAGCUUAAAAAAAAAAUGUGCUAGGUUAGGGCUGUGCUGGUGGGGUUGCAAUGGGGUGGGAGAGGGAGGGAGGGUUUUGGUUUUGUUUUGUGGUUUUGUUUUUUUUUAACUUGCCCCAGGUUUAGCUUUAUUAGCCCCCUUGCCUGUUCUCAGGCGCUUCAGCAGGAAUCUGACUAGUUGUGGGUUUUGCAACCACCCCUGAGGCUGUUGGGAAGCAUUGCCCUGACUCGGAGCCCCCAUCUGUGCUGGGGGAGAAGCCUGCAAGCCCAAGGCAUAGAUAAGUGGCACAUUUGUGUCUGUCCUCAGGGGCAUUUUGUUCCCUUCCCAGGCACCUCUGCAGAAAGAAGCCUUUGGGGAAGGCAGAGGAUCUGCUCAAGCCUUUUCCCUGGGGAGUUCUUGGGGUCUAAGGCUAUUUCCAAGAGAGAAGGGGAAGGCACCGGCUUUCCUCAAGCUGUGUGUGUUGGGAAACUGCUUUUUCACCGAAGUGUGAUAGACCCAGCUUACAGAGGUGCUCUGGGAGGAUCGCUUGGGGCCAGUACUGCCCAGCAAACUUCUCUACGGUUUUUUAUACAGGUUUUUUAUAGGAGUGUUUGUGGCUUUACAAAAAUGUAGGGAACAAUACAGCUGAUUUCCCUCCCUCUCCAUGUUAUGUGUCUCUCUCUUGUGAUUAGAGCUGCCUUCGUUUUUUGGCAAGGGGCUGGGUUUGUGGCAACCUACAAGCAGAGGCUUGUAGGAGGCUGAGGAGUCCCUGAUCACCUGGAGCCGGGUGACAGCAGAGGUGGAACGCAGCGCCCUGCACUCUGCGUGAACAGUGAAUGCUUCUCUGGUGCCUUUCUGUUGAUGGAGAAAGAAUUUUUAGAAAAGACUUAUUUUACUCAACUCUCAGUCCCAGAACUUGUCUUCAGAUGUUUCUCCUUCCCUUUUUUCCAACUGCUCAACAGCUCCUGAGCUCCUGCAGAGACUGGGAGGCACUGGCUUGGGGUGUGAGUCCCCCAGCUCCGUUACCAUGGCUAUUCAGAGCGAUUUGACUUGCAGGUGUUGAAUAGCCUGUGACUUUCCAAGAGGGGGAAGGUGGAUUGGGGACAGGGAGGGAACGGUUUGCCCUUUUUCUCUCUGCCUUCCCUGUUGCAUCUCUCCAAAGAAGUGCAAAGCGGUUGCCCUCUCACAGGUGCAAAUGUGGAAACCAGUGUUUGGUGGGCAGGCAUUGCUGUUUCUCCCUGUAUGUGGCCAGCAUGUGCUCUGUGCUGACAGCUAGAAGCAUGGGAUACGGCAGUAGCCCAAUCCUAUCCCAUACCUAUACAGUCUGACUCCUGCAAAAUCUCUGUCUGUUUUGCAGCGUGUCCAGCUUUUGCAGAGGGCCAUGAGGGCUGGAGCUCCUUCCAGAAUGAGGGGGAGAGUUUGUUGUCUCAUCUUACAUGGGACCUUAAGGCAUCUGAAGGGGGAUUUCACGUGCUGCAGGAAUUAAACAUAAAUAAUGCUGGUCCUAGCAUUACCUGACUUCAAGAAGAUGGAAACUGGGCCAGGAGAAACCUGUCUCCCUGCAAAGACUGUUCACAGUCACCCUGUGCUGUAGCUGCGAACAGAAGCGUGGGGACCAGAAGAUGCUUCCCUCCCUCCCUGACUUUAUUUGGGGCCCAGUCCCAAUGGCCAGCAGCCUGUGCUGUGGGAGGGGAGCUCAUCCUCUGAGGGGGACAGAUCGCUCUUACGUGUCUUCAGCCAGUGUAGGAGAUGCUGUGGUUCGGGUGGUGGUAGCUGCUUCUGCUUUGAGCAUGUAUGCCAAGUGUGCAGAACAACUCUUGGGUUGGGGUGGGUUUUGAUUGCCCAUCCCGUCUCCUGGUUUAUCAGUUAUCCCAUUUUGGGGGCUGGAUCAUAUCCUCCUACUUUUCGUCCUCUACAUGACUCUUGCACUGUCUUCCUGGUCAUGUGUUUUUCCUAAAAUACAGAAACUCUACCUGUGGCAACCUCCGAGUUUUGUCUUUCCCCAGAUCCACGCGCAAAGUGUGGGAAGUGUUGUGCUUCAAGUAAAAGAGGAAAUGAGGCUUUGGGAAAACAGUGAUGCUGAGGCUUCACUUUGUCACUUAACACUGGACCAAGUCCUGCGGGCUGGGCUGCAGGGAGUACCAGCGGCGAUGGGAGUGGGGGCUGCUGGGCUGAAACCCAGAUGUGAUCCGUGGAGGGUCCUAGUGCUGCUGGUCCUUCCCUCCAGGGCAAAGGGCUCUUUGCCCUGUUUUUCCACACUGUCCAUAAAUUCGCUGCCCAUCUGCCCCUACAACUUUUUAUUUUGUGUGUGUGUGUGUUUAUGUACUGUAACUUUGUUUGCGGAUGGGAGGAAAUUUGUUUUAUGGAUUAUGUGAAGAAAGUCUAUUUAUCCACAUGGAGUUUGGAGUAGGGAUGCUUUGUCAUACAAGGUGCAACUGGUGGUUGGGAGGUUCCUCGGGGAACAUAGCUGCUGUCUGAAAACCCUGUUCCAGGGCUCAUGAGCAUCUGUUACCUAAUAAAACGUUACCACCACCUCCCACCUGCCCUUUUUCUCUUAGCCCUCUUCAUCCUAUCUGGCAGCUGCUCUUAAACAUAGGUGAGCCUUGAACCAUCCUUCAGAGACAUCCAACCACAGAAGCGUCUUGGGAAGCUGCCACUUCUUUCUCCAGAUAACCUGGAAAAUGGAGCUGUAUGGCUUGCAACAAAAGAUGGUCCCUUGGUGCAGCAAGCGUGGUGUCUGUGCUCCUCUGGAAGCAACCCAAGAGGCUGAGGGGCAGAGCUGAGCCAAUAGGCUGCAAUUUUAGGAGCAUCUAUCUGGGAGGAAAGCUUUUACCUGACCUUGCUUGAAACAAUGUCCUUUCGCUCCAUCUAUUUGGUUUUUCUGCUUC